CAUGAAAAACGCUUGCGACAAUGUGAGACGACARCGAAUGUGCAGCUUUCAUGAAUCUGAUUUCAAACAGCGCUGUGAAACCGGACCACUGCCCGCACAGCUCGGUUAAKGGAGGAAAAAACGGACACUAGCUUGACUUCUAAAACAAUGAAGACGGGCACAUUUCCUAGGCCCUCCGGCUGUCCUUUCUGCUGUGUCCCGGCUUCUGACUGCUGAUUGGAGCUGGCCUGGUGUGCGUAUAGGUGUGUGAGAGAUUGUAAGGAGAUGAAGUCCAGUAUGCGUCAGUGGCGGAGGCUGCUGUUCGUGGGCAUGUUGGCGUGGGCCCUCCUCUUCCUGGCUCUGCUCUCCUACUUCCUGGAUACCCCCGUGUACAACGAGCCCCUGACCUCCGCCAGCUCCUCGCUCUCCCAGCACCCCGACACACGGCGCCUGGCCUCCAUCCAAGGCGCCUCCCACCAGCAGCACCACUCCAUCAGGGGCUCCCAGCCCGAACCCACCUACAUCACCUUUACCACAGCCUAUCCCGACCCAGACCCUAACCAUUACCCAGACUCAGAGCCUAGCUCCUCCUCCACCACCCCUGAGCCUGGCCUGGAGCUGAGCUACGGGACCAGCCAAGAGAUGGAGGGGGGCAGCCGCCAGCAGCAGGACUACCUGGACGCCCAGACCCUGGCUGCCUGGUCCUCCUCACGCACGGAGAACGUGGGUUCCCACUCCGACCAGACGGUGACUCGAAACAGUGAGAGACCUGCAUGGACCGCCUCCAACGCUGGCCGGGGGCCCAACCGAACCACACGCCGGUCCUCACGUGAGGAUGAAGAGGAUGAGGAGGGGGUAGAGACGAACAACAGCCACAAGAGGACCAUGGUGGGGGAUCAUGGGGGGGAGAGGCGAGGAAAAGAAGAGGAUGAUUUAGAGGAGGACUACUACMCCAAGUCUGCCUCGCUGGUGCAGCGACUCUGGCGGGGAAAAGUGUCCUCUGGGAUGCUGUCCCCGCGACUGCAGCACGCCAAGCGGGACUACCUGAGUGCCAACAAGCACCACGUAACCUAUAAAGGAGGCCGGCGGGCUGCUCAGAGCUCCAGGGAACUACUGUGUGAGCUGAAGGACCAGGCCCGGCUGAGGACGCUGGACGGGUCCGAGCAGCCUUUCUCUUCACUGGGCUGGGCCCGGCUGGUACCGCGCCUGGACCUGGAGAAGCUCUACAGACAAGGGGGCCAGAGAGGCUUUAGGAGCUGUGCUGUGGUGACCUCUGCUGGGGCUAUUUUGCACUCAGGCCUGGGGAAGGAGAUCGAUUCCCAUGAUGCAGUUCUGCGGUUCAACACAGCACCUACAGAGGGCUAUGAGAGGGACGUGGGGAACAAGACCACCAUCCGCAUCAUUAACUCGCAGAUCCUGGCCAAUCCUGAUCACCGCUUCAACACCAGCUCCCUGUAUAAGAACGUGACUCUGGUGGCCUGGGACCCUGCUCCGUAUGCUGUCAAUCUACACAAGUGGUAUGCCAGUCCAGACUAUAACCUGUUCAGGCCUUACGUGGAGCACCGGAGGCUCCACCCCACCCAGCCCUUCUACGUCCUACACCCCAAAUAUGUGUGGCAUCUCUGGGACGUGAUCCAGGGCAACACCCAGGAGACCAUCCAGCCCAACCCACCCUCCUCUGGGUUUAUAGGCAUCCUCCUGAUGAUGGCGCUGUGCGAAGAGGUCCACGUGUAUGAGUACAUCCCCUCGCUGCGGCAGACAGACCUGUGCCACUACCACGAGCGCUACUACGACGCUGCAUGCACCCUGGGGGCAUACCACCCGCUGCUCUAUGAGAAGAGUCUUGUGCAGCGCAUCAACACAGGCCCUGUGAGAGACCUGAAGAGGAAGGGCCGUGUCACCCUCCCCGGCUUCAACACCGUCAACUGUGAACUCUGAACUAGGAAGCCACACAAGGAACCACCAUGACUCCAUGCGUCUAAGGGUGCAAUAAGAACCUUCUGGACUCUGACCUUAGGGGGAACGCGGAGGCAACCAUGUCGACCCACGUAAAACAGUGGAGAACCUAAGCCAUAGCCCCUCUGUGUGUGGGAUGGGAUCAAACCGGAGGGUACAGCUCUAGUCUAACUACAUCUAAGUCAGGAUUUAUCAAAAGAACCCACAUCGGUCAAAACCUUGCCUUCCUCAGAGGCAGGGUUGGGUACGUUACUUUCUAAAUGUAAUCAACUACAGUUACUAGUUACCUGUCCAAAAUUGUAAUCAGUAACGUAAUUUUUGGAUUACCCAAACUCCGUAACGUAAUCUGAUUACGCUCAGUUACRUUUGGAUUACGUAGAAGACAAAAGGAUCCAUCAAAUGCAUUUGGUGUGUCAUCAUAGUGGUCUUUGAUUGGUGGUCAUCAUUUGGUGUAUCAUCAUAGUGGUCUCUGACUUGUGGUCAAACUCGCUCAGGUGGAACAAACUUAAACUUGCCCCUUUUUUCAACCUUUUUUCAAUGCUUAAUUGAAUGUCACUGGGAAAACAGAAAGGUGUCAUAAUGUAUUUUUUCGCAAACAUCCUUUCUAAAUUUAAAAGUAAUCCAAAAAGUGA